CCAACGAGUCUCCCUCCGAUGCGGGAAGGAAAGCUGACCUCCAAUUUGGACGUUUAAAAAGCUGAGCUCGGACUGGGUCCAGAUUCCAGGUUGCACUGGAACAUUAACUGACUCUUUGGUAGGGGAUCCACACCUGAAACAUCUCCGAAGUCUUCCCAGCAUCCUGCCUGUGGCCUACUACAUAGUGGCGUUGAAUGUUCACAGGAAGCAGCACACCGCACGGCUGCAUGAGGCCACUCACCAAACUUAAUGAAGGAUGCCAGUGUGGAAAAAUUUUGAUGUGCCAGUAUCUUCGUUCUACAGUGUGUUCCAUUCUUUUGCAAUUUCAGAAAAAUGGUACUAAAAGAAAAUAUUUUGUGAAAUAAGAUCGUUUUCCAUUUUUAAUGACCAACAUGUAGUAAGAUGGACAUCUGUUCUACAGAAUACAAAGUUCUAUGGUCUCGAAGAAGCAGUUUAAAACUGAUCCUAAAUAAAAACAGACCUGAAUGGAUAUGAGAAUGUUUAUUAGUGUCAGAAGACUCAAAAAAUGCCAGUUUAUGCAGUUGUUUGCCAUUUGUUUUAUAAUAAGCCUCAUGGUUUUUUGGAACCGGAUUGAUAAUCACAUUGUGAGACAUAUGAAGUCGUACUCUUACAGAUACCUCAUAAACAGCUACGACUUUGUGAAUGAUACCCUGUCUCUCAAGCACAGCUUAGCUGGGGCUCGCUACCAAUACUUGAUUAACCAUGAGGAAAAGUGUCAAGCACAAGACAUCCUUCUUCUACUGUUCGUAAAGACUGCUCCUGAAAACUACAAUCGACGUUCCGCAAUUAGAAAAACGUGGGGCAAUGAGAAUUAUGUUAGAUCUCAACUUAAUGCCAAUAUCAAAACAUUGUUUGUCUUAGGAACUCCUAACCCACUGAAGGGAGAAGAACUGCAAAGAAAAUUGGUUUGGGAAGAUCAAAUGUACCAUGAUAUAAUUCAGCAAGACUUUGUUGAUUCUUUCUACAAUCUUACUCUUAAAUUACGUCUGCAGUUCAGUUGGGCAAAUACCUUUUGUCCACAUGCCAAAUUCCUUAUGACUGCUGAUGAUGACAUAUUUAUUCACAUGCCAAAUCUCAUUGAAUACCUUCAAAGUUUAGAACAAAUUGGUGUUCAAGACUUUUGGAUUGGUCGUGUUCAUCGUGGUGCUCCUCCCGUUAGAGAUAAAAGCAACAAAUACUAUGUCUCCUAUGAAAUGUACCAGUGGCCAGCUUACCCUGACUAUACUGCUGGAGCUGCCUAUGUAAUCUCUGGCGAUGUGGCCGCCAAAGUGUAUGAGGCAUCACAGACACUUAAUUCUAGUCUUUACAUAGACGAUGUGUUCAUGGGCCUUUGUGCCAAUAAAAUGGGGAUAGUACCACAAUACCAUGUGUUUUUUUCUGGGGAAGGUAAAACUCCUUAUCAUCCCUGCAUCUACGAGAAAAUGAUGACAUCUCAUGGACAUGUACAAGAUCUUCAGUACCUUUGGGAGAAUGCCACAGAUCCUAAAGUAAAAAACAUUUCAAAAGGGUUUUUUGGUCAAAUAUACUGCAGGUUAAUUAAGAUAGUUCUCCUUUGCAAAUUGACCUAUGUGGACACGUAUCCUUGUAGGGCUGCGUUUGUCUAACAGUACUUGAAUGUUGCAUGUUUUCACUGUCACUGAGCCAAACCUGGAUGAAAAACUUUUAAAUGUUUGUCUACUCUAAGUAAAAUGAAUAGACAAAUAUUUUGAAAGCCCAGUCUAUCAGAAUGUUUCUUUGAUUCUAGAAGCUAUUCAACACAACUUAUCUACUUCAUUGCCUAAAUUCAUUUCCAGGUAUUCAUAUUUAGAAAAGUUUAUAUUACUAAUGAAAACAAAACUAAAGGGAAAUUCAAGUUCUCAUUUAAUGCCUCAUGUAUAUGUGUGGUUGUGAGAAGUUAAGAAGCCU